CACUGCUAGUCGUAUGUCCUUAUGUACUGUCGUAGGGGUAGGGAACAUAGAGUAUACACAUAAUAAAUUAAAUCCGAAUAAAGUUCAAUAAAGUAAUUAAAUACCUACGUGAUUACAGUCUAAUAUAAAAAUAUAAAAGGAAAUUAAAGCAAGAUUUCGUGUUCCUUAUAACAAAAUGGAAAAUUCUUUAGAAGAAGCUUUAUUUCAAGCUAUCCUUCUUGAAGAUCAGGGCUCAAUCUCGCACUUAUUAUCAAAAGGGGCUAAUCCAAAUAAGACAGCAAGUCGUGGAAAGACAUGCUUAGGCGAAGCUGCUAACACAGGAAAUGUUGACGUAAUGAAACUUCUCAUAACAGCCAGCAAAACACCACAAAGUAAGAAUAACCAAGCACCUUCAAGAAAAAGGACGUUAAAAUGCCAUAAAAGAAAGUUCAAACAUGAUGGACAAAUAAGUGAAACAGUUGUGAAAUUUAAAAACAUUAAUGAGAAAAAAAUCAAAGAUUAUAGUGUAGGAAAAUGUGAAAAAUUAGAUUUAUCUCACACUGGACAAAUUGAAAAAAAUAAAGGAUAUUUUGUGUUUAUACACAACGACGGAAGUAGUAGUGAUGAAACACGCGUUCCUAGUUUGAAAUCUCCGAAAAGCUCAUCAUCUAUGACUCCUUCACCUCAAGCAGACUUGGAGUGGGAUGAAGAUAUAGGCAAUACUGCUCCAACUACCAGUGAAGAUGAAACAUGGUCAUCAAUGUAUAAGUGGUAUGCAGCAAUAUUAGAAUCCACAGGGGCUGCAAUAGCAUCAGCUUCAAAAGUAACUAAUGGCAUAGACCAGCAAGAUGCCUUUAUGAGAACUGCCCUACAUUAUGCUUCAGAACAGGGACAUAUUGAUACUGCAAAGCUUUUAAUAGAAGCUGGAUGUAAAAUAGAUGUUACAGCAAGUGAUGGCCUGACACCUUUACAUGUAGCAGUUGUUAAGAAUCAUAUAGAAAUUGUGAGACUACUUAUUGCUGCUGGAAGUAAUGUAAACUACAAAACUCACGAAAAAAUGACUCCAUUACACUUUGCAUCUUCAAGAGGAUUUUUAGAUAUUGUUAAAUUAUUAGUCAGUAAUGGAGCACUUUUAGAAGCAAGAGACACAGCUGAAAGAACUGCAUUAUAUCUAGCAGCAGGAAGGGGCCACUGUGAUGUUGUCAAAUACCUAAUUCAUAGCGGAGCCAAUGUUAAUGGUGAAGAAAUUCAUGGUUAUACACCCCUAUGUGAAGCAGUAUGGCAAAGAUAUACGACGGUUGUCGAAAUUUUACUAUUAGCAGGCGCUCGCAUCACACACUCGCAUAGACUUUUGCAUAAUGCAAUUAUACAAAGACAGGAACCUAUAGUUAAGAUGCUAACUAAAAUCGGUGGAGGUAUAAAUCUACACAAUGACAAUGGGGACACACCCCUACUUUUGGCGGCAAGAUUAUCGCAGCCUUCAGUUGCUAGAUUAUUGCUUGAGAAAGGUGCUAAUGUAAACUCUUGCAACAAUAUCACGGGUGCUAAUGCAUUACAUAUAGCAGUUGAAAGCGUGGAAUCACCUGAACAUUUUGAAGUUCUAUUGAAAUGUUUAUUGGAUUAUAAUAUAGAUAUGAACGCUAUUACAUUAAUAGGCGACACAGCUUUAAACAGAGCUCUUUUGCUACAAAAGGAUCAUGCCGCAAUUUUGUUGAUUCGGUAUGGAGCCGAUGUUAAUACGUGUGAUUUACAUUCAUGCGGUUUGGACAAUUUGUCAAUAGCUAGCAGGAGAGAGACGCACGUUUUAGCGCGGAUGUUGCUCAAGGCGGGGCAUUACGUGAUACCUCAAGAUCCUAGUAUUACUACUAAAUCAACAUGCACUACAAAUUGGGUACAACAGACUUGUAAACAGCCCUUGACAUUAUCAGAUUAUUGUAGGAUAACAAUAAGGCGUAUGUGUAAAAGUAAUAAAUUAUUUCGUUUUGUGGCCACGUUACCUUUACCCCGUGGUUUAAAAAGGUUCCUCAUGAUGGAAGACGAGGGGCUCGAAUAAGUAGUAUGAAAUAUUAAAUGUAGACUAAAAUCGAGUGUGCACUUGGUUUAAAAAGGUUCCUCAUGAUGGAAGACGAGGGGCUCGAAUAAGUAGUAUGAAAUAUUAAAUGUAGACUAAAAUUGAGUGUGCAUUUUGGAAGGAAUGUUGUAUAUAGUCUAUGGCAAAGACUAAAUUAGCUAAGCAAUCUCAAACAGAACUUACAUUAAAUAUAAAAAAAAAUACGUUGAACGUUUCUGAACUUUUAUCGUAAUGUAAUUAGUGAUUUAAUUAUAUUUGAAAUACAUUUUCUUAAAUGCUACAAUGUAAUAAAAUAGAUCAAUAUGUUACAUUGAACAUUGUUUUUUUCAUUUUAAUGGCUUUUUGCUGUGGCUGUGAAAUUGACAGGGCAAACUGACGAUGAUGUUCGAAUUGCCAUUCGAAUGCUAUCAAAGUAUUUCAUUGACUUAAUCCUUAAUAUGUAAUUUAUCUAGUUAAGUACGUAUGUAGUAAGGGGGGAUAUUAUUUAUUGCUUUUUAUUUAUUUUUGGGAUGAACGUUUUUUUUUCCUACCCGAGCUGGUAGGCUUGAGAGGCUAUGCCAGCGUAACCUAAUGAGUAAGUGAGCUCUCGGAGCUCAAACCUGGGGGCGUUGAUAAUACAAGCCUAACAAGAGCAGUGAUGGAAAAGGCGACCCACAGAGAAGAUCCGGCGAGAAACGCAGGCUGAUGUUUAGGUUAGGUUGCACAUCCAACUCUGCCGAGUUCGACGAGUACGGGGGUCCCUCUUAGCGUUAGAGCUGAAGGCGUCUAAUGCAAGGGUUGUUGGAUCUGAUGUAUCCGUUAGGACGUGUGUCUAGAAUGUUGACUGCAGCAUGUGCCGAGUCGGAGGUGUAGUUUCCCGACACAUUUCGUGUUUUGUCGUGUAGCUCUACGUGGAAUAUAUAGAUAGUUUCAUUGCAAAUAAUCGUUUCUACCAGGAUCAUCGGGAGUUUCAAUAUCCAUCGGUAAAUUUUGUUACCGAGUUGAAAAACUCAAUUAAUUUGUAUUCGACAAAGUACAGAAUUUAGGUUCGCGUUAACGACCGUCUUCCAAUAAUUACAGGGGAAGUCGCCUGAUGUUUUCUUAUCGAAUGAUAUAACUGUGUUGCUGUUGAAAUUCUCUGACAGGCACCAAUUUUAAUAUGUAGGUAUAUAGAUAAAUAAAUUUAUUCAAUAACGCCUUUCACAAUGAAGAAGUAACAUGAUAUCGUUAUUAAAAAUCGAAUUCGGUAAAUUAGUAGUGUUGGAUGUACGGGAGGAACGGUUUGGGUUUAAAGAGUGAGACAGUCACUAUACAUCGAUACUUCGGCUUCUAGUCUCAAAGUGGGUGCCACAUAAUUUCACAUCGUGUGGUCUAUGGACUCUGGUAACCACUUGACGGAGAGUUUAUUACAAGGGCAUAAUUAUAGCGGUAGCUAUCAUGCGAUAGAAGAUAUUUGACAAAAACCUGAAACCUCGUUUUCAAGGUAUGUUUGCAAAUGCACGAGUACUUAACAACAACAUCAGGACUGUCUGCCUACCAGCAAAAAUACCUGGUCGAUGGAAAGUCUUCCUUUUGUCGUCUUUGAACCUAUCAAUAGCUCGAUAUACAAACAUUCGAAUAAUAUCAAGCAAAUAGAAAGUUUUCAAAAUUUCAUUGUGCUCCGGAACUUCUUUGUGUAAAGCUAUAAUUUGUGUAUUUCUGUUCUCUGCGUUGCCCCACUUAUUAAUAUUACAAGAAUAUUUAAUAAAAAUUAUCACUAAAAUGGGAAAACAAUGAAAAUUUAUGUGACUGGUUGCAAAUAGAAUUGGAAAUUUAUUGAAUGAGCGCCUUUUUGCUUUUAAUAGUUUUGAAUUUAAGAGUUCACACACAUAUCGCCGACGUCUUUGGAAUCCCACGAAUCCUCCUUGAAUGUGUGGAAAGGGCCACUAAAAAUAUAAUUUUAAAUUUGGAACUUUAUACUCGAUUCCCCGCUUCUAUACGCGCAAUAUGGAAUUUAAAUUCGCUUAUAUCCAUGGCUAUCGCAUUAUUGUAAAGUGCUCGCCUUCCGUUCGCCGUCAUAAAAAUCAUUCAGUAAACCUACCGUUGAAGUGGAUGAGGAGUUUGAGAUCAGGUGAGUCAUGAUUUUUGUAUUCUCCGAUUCAGGCUCUAUUCUAAAUUUACCGGAACACCAAAAUAUCCCCACCGCCUGCGCAUCGCUUUGCGUCAUUUGAACACUUUUCCAACUGCAUUCAAACUAGGAGUGGGUGAUAUAAAUCGUAUAUAGAUUCAAUAUCUAUAUAUCGCAGCAAUAUCGUUGAAUCCGAUAUCGCCCCGCACGAAAUCUAUAUAUCGAUAUCAGCCGAUACACGAUAUUGCUCGAUGUGAUGCGCAUCGCCAUAUCGUACCGAUUCGUGAAUCGAAAUCUAUAUUUCGAUAUCAGCCGAUACACGAUAUUGCUCGAUGUGAUGCGCAUCGGCAUAUCGUACCGAUUCGUUAAUAUCAGCAAUAUUCGUUUGGUUCGUAUCGAAUCGGCCAGAGUGAGUGAGCGCACGAUAGGGAUAUCAUGUGAUGAAUGAAACAGAAACAGGCAUUAUCCAUACAAUUGUAAACCUUAUAUUUAAGUCCAUAUGUCUGUAGAUUAUUCUUAGCGUAUCAGCAGGAUACAAUUAAGGAAAGAAGUUUCAACUUUCGACCCUAACUUGAAUGCAGUAUAGCCUAUUUGCAUCGUUGAAUUUAAUUUCACGCGCUUUGACCUUGAACUAGAAUUUUUGAACAAGUGUUUAUAAAUACUUAAAAGUUUUUUGUGUUUGAUUUUUAAAGUACACAUUUUUCUAUUUUUAGUUGAAUCCAAAUAAUUGAGUUUAUUUCUUGUGUUUGUAUUAAACUUUUGAAAUCUACACUCUUUUGGUAUAUUUUGUAAUUUUAAAUUAAGACACAAAAUACUAAAAACUGAAAAUAAUGUAGCCAGUCCUAAGCCUGGUAAAAGCAUGAAGGAAAGUUUUUUUGAUAUUUUUAUUUUCAUGUUCUUUUUAUUACUUUAAGAUCAUAUUAUAAAUUGAUAUCAGAAAACCAACCGUAUAACGUUGACUUAAAUCUAUAUCUACUACGAUAUUAUAUCAGCGUAUCGUUUCAAAUCUCAAAUAUCAUGAAUCGAGAAAAUCUACUAGCAUCCAUCAAUAUAUAGAUUCAGAAAAUAUCAUAGAGUUACUAUUCUAACUGGAGUGCUUACUUCGUUUGACAUAAAAACUAAAAAUAUACUUUAUCUCUAUGGCUUAAAGUUUAUUUUUAAAUAGCAAAAGAUGUAAGGAAAAACGGUCUGAAAAGAGAAUGAUUAUUAAGUGGUGGUGUCCCUCUCGCACAUUUUACAAACAAAAAGCAGUGUUGCUAGCUUAGAGGAUUUUCCAUAAAAUCUCGGAAUUUGGACCCCCGUCUUAGUUAUCAAAAAUGGCUUUUAGUGGUUAGUGGAUUUUUUAGUAGCUUGGGCGUUGUUGAAAAUUAUUGAAAAGGUUAAAAUCAAUCCACUUUACAGGAUUUUAAACAUUUUAUGACAAUAAUAUAUCUAAAUACAUAUUAUUUAAACGAUGUGACUUAAACUUAACUAGAAAAUAUUGCGACAAUUUAGAAUUUCCAUCAACGUCAAAAAUUAAAUUGGUUCAACAUAAACGUACAAAGUUAUGGUGAAUUUAUUUUCUGAUGAUGACAAUUUAUUAAAAUAAAUUAUAUAAGAAGUAUUGAUUAUAUGAUAUAUAUUGAUUUUUAAUAGAACAUCAUAUAUUAAUAAAGCUCAUUAACAAAAAAAAUAUUGUUCUAUAUUAAUAAGAACUCUGUUUAAUGGAAAAUUUUAUGGUAGGUACGUAGAUUUCUGAUGGUUUUCAUGUUGAAUUUGGUGGGAAGCCAGAUUAAUUGUUGGCAUCACCGAAAAAGAGCUAUGAAUGGAUUAAAAGAAAAAUGGCGUCUAUUUACGUUUGUAGUGCGAAGUUAAAAUGGCACUGAUACAGCUUGUGGCUUGUUUUUUUUUUCGAAAAUCGUGAAAGUUUCCGUGUAAUCAUGGUGAACACUUUUAAUAUAAGUGGUUUUAAGCGAGAAUCCUCUCCAGUUUGUGGAAUAUCCUUCCAUAUGUCAGAUUCAUUGAUAAAAUUUUUACUAGUGUGAGCAUAUAUUUUUAAAAUGUGAGAUAUAUUUUCUCAUUAUAAUAUUUAAUACCAUUUGUCUUGUAAAUUGUACUUAAUCUAUGUCAUAUACUAAAUUUGAAAAAACAAUCGUGAAAACUAUAAUUUUGCAAUGUAUUUUUCAUAUUAUAAGAGCCAUCACGUGGUAUUUCUUGAACUUUUUUUAUUGUAUUGAAUAGCGUCGCACGCAAGCAUGUAUAUCAUUUGCCUGACGUUAAGCGAACGAGGAGGAUCUUCUAGUAAAUAUGACUUUGGAAUUUCUGGAAAAUGUCCUUUAAAAAGGUCAAACAAGAAGAAUCAAGUACUCAAACGCAAGAAAUAAAAAAUACCCCGAGAAAAGCAAAAUUACGACAAGAUGUUAAGGUAUUGAAACAAAAACUUAAAAGUCGUGAAAUAGUGAUUGUAAAUAUAAAGUCGAUUUUAGAUUUAUUAAAGAAAAAUGGCGAUUUUUAAUUGAAUUGAAAUUUAAAUUGCGAAAUUUUAAUGAUACUCAUGGUCCACUUAGAUAUUGAUUAAAAUAAAUUAUGUAUUUCGUUGAAAAAAAAGAAUUUACUUAAAAAUAAAUAGAGGAAAUGUUAUAUUAUAAGAUUACAGAAAAUUUACUGAACUUAAUAAUAAUAAUAUAACCAAUAUUUUGUAAAUAGAGAUCAAGUACUAUGUGUAUUGUGUUAUGUGUAUUGACUUGUCAUUUAAGAGUUAUUUAAUUGUUUACAUAUAACAAAUAAAUGAAUUUCAGUUCAUUUCAUUUUAUUA